UUUGUUCCACCUCCACCACCACCACACCAGAAGUGGGUCUUUUAUCUCUAAUGGCGAAACACUCCCAAACUCUUUUUGUCUUUUUCUGAUGAAACACUUGCCAAACUUCGAUAUAGUGGAUCACCAAUUUCGCUGAUAAUUUUCCUCUUGCUUUGCUUUGCUUUCUUUGUACAUAAUCUGAAGAAUUUUUUGAGCAGAUUAGCAAUAGGGUUUGGAGAGUUUUCCAAGCCUUUUGAUGAUUUAGGAUUGUGGAGUUCAUUUCUUACGAUCUGGAAGCAUGAAUCUAUGUUCUCAAUAUCCCGUGCAUCUGAGUGAUGCAAUACCCAGAUGCCCAAGAGGCGAGUUUUGGUUCUCUGCAUCGACGAACUCCAAUUUGGUGAGGUACAAGCAGGGCAUUUCGAAAUUUAGGGUUCAUGGUGGAAAUUUGGGGAAUAGGAAGAAGCCUGUAGUGACGGUGGAAUGUGUUUCAAGUGUUGAUAAAGUAGAGGGUGCGAAGAGAAAUGAAAGAAGUGGCAGAGAGAGUGAGUAUGAUGCGAUUGUGAUCGGCUCCGGGAUUGGAGGAUUGGUUGCCGCAACUCAGUUAGCAGUGAAGGGAGCUAGGGUUUUAGUUCUUGAGAAAUAUGUGAUUCCUGGUGGGAGCUCUGGUUAUUACGAGAGGGAUGGAUUUACAUUUGAUGUAGGAUCUUCUGUGAUGUUCGGUUUCAGUGACAAGGGGAACCUGAACUUGAUAACUCAGGCACUGGCAGCAGUUGGCUGUAAGAUGGAGGUUAUUCCUGAUCCUACAACUGUCCAUUUCCAUCUACCGAAUAAUCUUUCUGUUCGGGUACAUAGGGAGUAUGAUGAUUUCAUCAAAGAACUCAUAAGCAAGUUUCCCCAUGAAAAGGAAGGGAUCCUCAAAUUCUACAGUGACUGCUGGAAGAUUUUCAAUUCGCUGAACUCUUUGGAACUGAAGUCACUAGAAGAGCCGAUCUACCUUUUUGGACAAUUCUUUCAGAAGCCCCUUGCAUGCUUGACACUCGCUUAUUACAUACCCCAAAAUGCUGGGGAUAUAGCUCGGAAGUACAUAAAGGAUCCCCAGUUAUUGUCUUUCAUUGAUGCAGAGUGUUUCAUUGUGAGCACUGUCAAUGCCUUGAAAACACCGAUGAUCAAUGCGAGUAUGGUUUUAUGUGACAGGCACUAUGGUGGAAUUAAUUACCCAGCUGGUGGCGUGGGUGGAAUAGCCAAGUCUUUGGCAAAAGGAUUAGUUCAACAAGGCAGUGAAAUACUCUACAAGGCUAAUGUAAAAAACAUAAUACUUGAUGAUGGGAAAGCCGUCGGUGUAAUGCUGUCAGAUGGUAGAAUGUUUUUCGGUAAAACCAUAAUCUCAAAUGCUACUAGAUGGGAUACGUUUGGAAAGCUGUUGAAAGGUGAAAAGCUUCCAGAUGAAGAAGAAAAAUUCCAAAAGGACUAUGUCAAGGCUCCUUCAUUUUUUUCAAUCCACAUGGGUGUUAAAGCAGAGAUUCUCCCUCCCGAUACAGAUUGCCAUCAUUUUGUUCUUGAAAGUAAUUGGGGGAGGCUAGAAGAACCCUAUGGCAGCAUAUUUCUCAGCAUCCCAACAGUACUUGAUCCAUCUUUGGCUCCUGAUGGUCGGCAUAUACUUCACAUAUUUACAACUUCUUCCAUAGAGGAUUGGGAGGGACUCCCUCCAAAGGAAUACGAGGCAAAAAAGGAGGUUGUGGCUGCUGACAUUAUCAAGAGACUAGAAGAAAAACUAUUUCCAGGGCUCAGCUCAUCUAUUGAAUUUAUGGAGGUGGGAUCUCCAAAGACGCACAGACGGUUUCUUGCUAGGUCAGAUGGAACUUAUGGGCCGAUGCCAAGCAGAACUCCAAAGGGCUUGUUGGGCAUGCCUUUCAACACAACAGCUGUAAACGGUCUCUACUGUGUUGGGGAUAGCUGUUUUCCUGGUCAAGGUGUUAUAGCUGUUGCUUUUUCGGGAAUGAUGUGUGCUCAUCGUGUAGCUGCUGACAUUGGGCUUGAAAAGAAGUCUCCCGUACUUGAUGCGGCCCUUCUUGGUUUGCUUGGUUGGAUACGGACACUGGCAUAAGAUUCUAAGGGUGAAGGUACAGCAUGAUACUAUUUGGACAUGUCACAACGAAACUAAAACAGAAUUUUGGAAAGCGUGGCAUUGACACAGUUGUUUUUGCCUCAAUGUUUGAACAUCUGAAUACUUGCCUCUCAGGCUUUAAAAUCACAUGAAGUGUAAUUCUCUGUUUACCUGUCUUGUAUAACAUCAAAACCAGCUGUAAUCUAGCGUGCCUUUUGAUACUGUUAGUAAUUUAUUAGCAAUUUGGCAUUGCCUUAUCAAAAUAA